AUGAAAAAUCUGCCCUUCACGGAUCCCUGGUCUGACAUUUUGUUUUACUUGCAGAACGCACUUCGGAUUCAUGUAUUAGAAGCAAGAAAUCUCGUUGCAAACGACUUCUUCUCCAAGAAAUCAGACCCUUUUGUAGUUGUGCGCGGAGGAGGCACAGUUGGGAAAACCAGGGUCAUAUCUAAGAACCUCAACCCGCAGUGGAACCAGACAUUUGAGAUAUUAUUUUCAGAUUUACCAGGGCAGGAGAUUGAAUUUGAGGUUCUGGACAAAAAUGUUCAGAGAGAUGAUUCACUGGGCAGCUGUAAAAUUGCAGUUCCACAUGUGCUAAAGAAGAAAUUCAUUGAUAAGUGGAUCCGGUUGGACAAUGUGAAGUCUGGGGAGCUCCAUAUCAAGGUGGAAACUCUCAAACUCUUUUCAGACCGUGACAAGCUGCAGAAGGUGUUAAAUCUGAACAAAAGGCCGCGGCCCCCUAAGAGUGAGGAGUUGUCAUCAGUUGCCCUUUACACCGUCAUCCAAAAAGCCAGGGGUCUGCCAGUGAUACGGCCGAAGAAAUGCAAAUUAAACCCACUGGCCACCGUGGAAGUGUCAGUGACAGAUACAGUCAAGAGGACGGGGGCCCAAAUAAAUUCCGGAGAGCCAGAGUGGAAGGAGAGGUUACAAUUCCUCAUAAAGGACCCACGCGGCGAGAGAAUGCAACUAAAUGUACUAAAUCAGCGCAACAAGGUUCUGGGACACAUCUCUGUUUCCCUAUCAACACUCAUGGCUGCCAAGGAUAUGACCAUGGAGGGCUGGUUCCCUCUUGAGUCCCCAGUAAAUAACAGCGAGAUUUGGCUGAAGCUGCAGCUGAUGAUUCUUGCCCCUCGCAUUUUUCAUGUGAAGCGAUAGAACCAGAAAGAACUUCCAGAACCCAAAUCCUGGACCAAGGAGGAACUGAGGAGGAUGAAGAGGAGGAGGAGGAAGGAGGAGGAGGAGGAGGAUUUAGCACAAAGAUGAAGCUUUCAGCUUGAGGCAAAGGAGGCUCUGAAGAUCCUUGCCCUGAUGGACCUUCUGGAUCAGGAUAAAGGGACCUUCUCUAGCCCUGUGGCAAAGGAGGGUCUGAAGACUCUUAGUUACCUUUUUGCCACCCAAAUAAUAGAGGCAUUGAUUAUAAAUAUAAGCAAUAAAAAAAAAAAAUGAGUGAGCUUUAUCAGUGAUGGGGCAUAAAGAGGCAUGAAUUUAAUUAUUUUGAAAGCAUGAAAAAAUACACAGCUACUUAGAAUAAGUCAAUGUACAACCUUCUAAAAUCAUGUUUAAUGGUGAACUUUCCCUUUAAGGCCAUAGGCAGUGACACACGGGAAUCACUUGAAAGGGGAAACCUACAAAUUUUACUCCAUGUGUCUUGGGUCUAAGAUGGGUCUAUAUUCUUUAAGUUGCCCAGUCUGGGAGCCACCUACCUACACACGUGUGGCUGAUAGAGCUAAUGAUUGGCUCUUUACCCCUGUAGCUGGGGCAGGAAUAUCUAACUGGCGGCUUUCUUUGUGUCCCAAUGCCAUAUUGUGGCCUGUGAUGCUGAUCGAACCAAAACACAAGGAAUACAAUAAAAUUCUCUCCGUUCGCCAAAAGCCUAACUUUGGAUUCAACACAGAACCCCCCCAAAAAAGGUAAAAUAGCACAUUGGCAUUGUGUUAAAGGGGCGCUUGUCUAUAACAAUAAAUGUUGUUUUUCGACUCCAUAUUUAAGUCAUUUUGCAGUUGGUCUGCUUUUAACUUUAACACUAGGAGCUGAUAUAUAUGAGCUUUCAGACCAAUUUAUUUUCCCCAUUUACAUUACGAGGUCAAACAAUAUGGAGAGAGGAUUAGGGGCAAGUAAAAAAUGUAGAAUUUGUUGCUGAGCGACUGCUUGAACUUGUUGCCUUGAGGCUGGUUUAUUAAUUGACUGGUAAUAUAGCGAUUCCCUGACUUUUCCUCACCUCCCUAAACUGUUUUGCCACUAAACCCCCUGCCCUAUAAACACUGCACACACUCCUCCUUGUCUGGUGAUUGCUGAGACUAAUGAUGCUGUAACGGCUCUCACAUUUAUUUAACACCAAAACACAUGACUAUUGGGUCAUAUGAUAUAUUUGUAUCAUAAUAUCUUCCCUUAAACACCCAAAAUAACUAUCUCUGGCCCCAUCAUACUCCAGGAAUUGAGGAGGGCUCAGCCAGUUAAGAUCCCAACACUGGACAAUGCCAUUUGCUUUCACGUGGAAGCCCAGCCUGGAGGUAAUGGGGAGAUUUGGGGUGAAUAUUUGUUUUCCUCCAUAUAUUCCAUGUAUAUUCCCAUAGCUGUACUGAUUUUGUGGGCUUACGGGGCCCUGACCAGAGGUUGGAUGUUCAAGGGGGCUUGACAACUAUUGUUCUAUGGUGACUUAUUCCUUAUUAAAUUAAUCCCCUUCUUUGUCCUAAUUAAAGUCA